AUGACACGCCUUUUCGAUCUGUAUGCGCAAGAUGAGACUGAUCUUCUCUGUGAUAAUAUCGUUGAGACGAACAGCUACUGGAUACAUUGGCCCCGAACAUCAUCGGACAUUUUUCCGAAAGCCUACUGGACAGGUACGUUCAGUCCACUUGUCCGGUGGUCACAACGUCUCAUUGGUUAUCAUCGUCGUUACAUGCAAUUGAUUCAUGACAAGCGGUUGAAGUUUCAAUUCGAUAUCGAUUAUCGUUUUCAAGAAUUUAUCUUUGCCACCAUCGCCAAAAUCGAAAAUUUGACUAUUGCAGUGUACAGUCAACAGUACAGUUUUAUUGAGAUCGAACUGGGUGCUAUGACCGAUGAAGAAAUUGUCGAGUUGGUCGGACAAGGCAAACACAUUAUACAUCCGGUUAAGCAUGCAAGCAUUCUAACCGAGCGUCAGCCUCGCGAAUUAGCUCAAAUGAUGAAGAUGAUGGCUCCAAAAACUAAUGCGGCAGCGAUGAUAUUAGUUUCUACAGCUGAUACAGAUAUCUUUUUAGGUUCAACAGAAGAAAUGGAUGAAGCUGAACAUAUUCGAACUCUACUUCACUCUUAA